GAGCCCCGUUCUUAUCUAUACUCCUUCUCAAUAUCACAGAAUAUUAUCAGAGAAUGGCACCGAGAACUUCAACUUUCCGGCUCCGGUGGAUGAUCACGACGGUGGCGUUGACUCUACUUCUACUACUGAUCAUCCGCCCAUGCAAUGGCAACUUCUUCAAGCCGUUUAAUGUGAGCUACGACCACAGGGCUAUCAUCAUCGACGGCCAGCGCCGCAUGCUCAUCUCCGCCGGACUUCACUACCCGCGCGCCACUCCCGAGAUGUGGCCUAAUUUGAUCGCAAAAAGCAAGGAAGGUGGGGCUGAUGUCAUUGAAACAUAUGUAUUUUGGAAUGGACAUGAACCAGCCAAAGGGGAGUAUAACUUUGAAGGAAGAUAUGAUAUUGUCAAGUUUGUGAAGCAAGUUGGAUCUGCUGGACUCUAUCUAUUUCUCCGAAUUGGUCCUUAUGCAUGUGCUGAGUGGAACUUUGGGGGCUUCCCAGUAUGGCUGCGUGAUGUACCUGGAAUAGAAUUUCGAACAGAUAAUGCACCCUUCAAGGAGGAGAUGGAGCGGUUUGUUAAAAUGAUUGUGGAUCUUAUGCAAUCAGAAUCACUCUUCUCGUGGCAAGGUGGACCAAUCAUACUGUUGCAGAUUGAAAAUGAAUAUGGAAACAUAGAAAGCGAAUAUGGCUCUGGAGGAAAGGCAUACAUGGCAUGGGCAGCUCAAAUGGCAUUUGGGCUUGGUGCUGGUGUUCCAUGGAUUAUGUGCAAGCAAACUGAUGCUCCUGAAUACAUUAUAGAUGCAUGCAAUGGAUACUACUGUGAUGCUUUCUCGCCAAAUUCUGACAAGAAACCUAAAAUUUGGACAGAGAAUUGGGAUGGAUGGUAUACAUCUUGGGGGGGAAGAGUCCCACAUAGACCUGCUGAGGAUCUUGCAUUUGCAGUAGCUCGGUUUUUCCAACGAGGAGGAAGCUUAAGUAAUUACUAUAUGUAUUAUGGUGGGACAAACUUUGGCAGGACAUCAGGGGGCCCCAAUCAAAUUACUAGUUAUGAUUAUGAUGCUUUGAUUGAUGAAUAUGGACUUCUAAGGCAGCCUAAGUGGGGCCACUUGAAAGAUUUACAUGCUGCUAUCAAGCUCUGUGAGCCUGCUCUUGUUUCUGUUGAAUCCCCCCAGUAUAUUAGUUUGGGACCUUUGCAGGAGGCACAUGUGUACAGUGGAAACUCUCUCAGUAAUGGCCAAAAUUUAUCCUUGCAUAAAAGCACGUGUUCAGCAUUUCUUGCAAAUAUUGAUGAACGUCAUACAGCAAAUGUGAAAUUUAAUGGUCAAGUUUAUACUUUACCAGCAUGGUCAGUAAGUAUACUGCCAGACUGCCAGAACGUAGCUUUCAACACUGCCAAGGUUGGAGCGCAGACAUCCAUUAAAACAAUUGGACAAGAUGCUGCUUUUUCACAAGAGAUGAUUCAAAGGAAAGUUAUGGCACAGUCCUGGAUGACUGUGCCGGAACCAAUUGGUGUGUGGGGAAAGACUUUCACUUACCAAGGCAUUUUGGAGCAUUUAAAUGUCACAAAAGAUCUUUCUGAUUAUUUGUGGUAUACGACCAGACAGUUCGCAUCUGAUGAGGACAUCUCAUUUUGGGAGAAGAGCAACACUACUCCAGCGCUUACAAUUGAUAGCAUGCGUGAUUUUAUGUGCACCUUUAUUAAUGGCCAGCUUGCAGGUUGUACUAAAGGAGAUUGGGAAAAGGUGGUUCAGCCUCUUAAGUUCGUGCAAGGGUACAAUGAUAUUGUGCUAUUAUCUCAAACUGUGGGCUUACAGAACUAUGGUGCUUUCUUAGAGAAAGAUGGGGCAGGUUUUAAGGGUCAAGUGAAGCUAACUGGGUGGAGAAAUGGGGAUAUUGACAUCACGAACUCAUCAUGGACAUACCAGGUUGGUCUUAAGGGAGAGUUCUCGGAAGCAUAUGCUGGCAAGGAUAAUAAACAUUUCAGAUGGAAGGAGUUUCCCCAUGAUUCAACUCCAAACAUAUUUUCCUGGUAUAAGACUUAUUUUGAUGCUCCUGUUGGGACAGAUCCAGUUGCCAUUGAUCUAAGUGGCAUGGGAAAAGGUCAGGUUUGGGUUAACGGUCAGCAUAUUGGGAGAUACUGGAGCUUAAAAGCCCCAGAAGAUGGAUGUAACACUUGUGAUUAUCGUGGAGCAUAUGAUUCUGAUAAAUGCGUGACGAACUGUGGGCAACUUACUCAAUCUUGGUACCACAUUCCGAGGUCAUGGCUUCAGCCAUCAAAUAACUUACUUGUCAUCUUUGAGGAAACCGAUAAAGCGCCUCUUCGUAUUUCAAUUGAACCUCGUUUCACUUCAACAAUUUGUUCUGAAGUGCCACAGGACCAUUAUCCUCUAAAUGCGUGGUCUGGUGGGCAAUUUUCCGGCCCAAGUGUUGCACCAGAAUUGCAUUUGCAAUGUGAUGAUGGGCAUACGAUUUCCUCCAUAGAAUUUGCAAGCUAUGGAACUCCACAAGGCUACUGUCAGAAGUUCUCUCAAGGCAAUUGCCAUGCUGAAAGUUCCUCCUCCGUGAUUUCUAAGGCUUGUUUGGGAAAGAAUAGCUGCUCUAUACAGGUAUCUGAUGCCAUCUUUGGAGAUCCAUGUCGAAAAGUGAUCAAGACUUUGGCUGUCCAGGCAAAAUGUUCUCCCCCCGUUGACAAUGUUUUUUCAUAUUUAAGUUCAAAUUCAAAGACUGAAAUGUGAUACUUUUUCCAUGCAUGGAAAAAAAUAAAAGGUUUUUAAAAUGCUGACAAAAUGCAUUUAAGGUUAGAAACGCA